GAGCAGCUGGAGAUCAAGCAAGUCUUGAACGAGGUAGAUGAGGACGGGACUGGCACCCUCAGCUGGUUCAAAUUCACCUACGUGGUGCAGCUGUGCCAGGAGAGGUUGGAAAGGCUGGUGCGCAUCGAUGAGGAGCGCUAUGCCAUGGCCCUGGGCUUCAGCGAGGAGCGUUUUCGCGAGCUGCGCAAGGUCUUCUUGGACCACAAGAACGAAGCCUGCGUGCUGCACAUCAAGGAGCUGAGAAGCGUCAUGAAUGCGCUGCAGAGACCGUACUCCUCAGAAGAGCUGCUGCGGCUCUUCCAAGCCUUCUCGACUUCGGAAGGACAUUUCGAUCUCCGCUGCCUCAUCAGGCUCCUCUGCGCCAUUGAGAUCCAGCGCACGGAGGGUCAGCUGCCUCAAGACCGGCUAAAG